GAGAGUGAUGAGACUCUGUGGAAUGCCAGUGACUUUUCGGGCAGAGACAGGUGGAACAGUGUGGACACAGAGUCUGCAGGGCCAUCAAAGACUGUCUCCUCAGGGCUUCCUGACUCAAGCAUGUUUGCCUUAGAGUGUCUUCUGAGAACUCUUGUCAGUGGUGAGCUGCACCCCACCUCCCGUGACAGUGGGGAAGAGAAUAAGAAAACAGCCUCAACAAGCAUUGUAACCUUGAGAACAGCUAGAAUAUGAACCAUUUCCAAUAGAUGUUUUAUCCACAAUCUAAAAGUGACUGCAGUGGGGGAAGAAGAAGCCUGAGAAAUCCAGCAACGGGAAGGUCAGCCAUGGAGAAGAAGCUCAAUUGUGAAGUCACCUUGUCUAGGGCUUAACUUUGAAAACUGUGAAUACCAAUUCACUCCUCUUGUUAGCUAUGAGUCUUUGAGAUACUCUUCAUCUUUGUGACUUUUCCUUGAAAUUGAAACUGUCUCUGAGAAGGAACUGGCUCAGUUGACUCCGAUUCGACCAUUAAUAUUCAACUACUCUUCACAAUCUGCCAUGAAGGACUGUUUGAAAACGCUCCAGAAAAAAAAGGAACAUGAUAUCAUCCGUGAGUUUUUGGAGUUAGAACAGAUGCCUCUGCUUGAUGACCUGCACUCUGGGAAUGAGCUACUCAACAAAGACAAGAACAGAUACCGAGAUAUUCUUCCAUAUGAUUCAACACGUGUUCCUCUUGGAAAAAACAAGAACUACAUCAAUGCUAGUUACAUUAAAAUAGUAAAUCAUGAAGAAGAGUAUUUUUAUAUUGCUACGCAAGGACCAAUGCCAGAAACUAUAGAAGACUUUUGGCAAAUGGUUAUGGAAAAUAAUUGUAAUGUUAUUGCUAUGAUAACCAGAGAGAUAGAAGGUGGAGUUAUCAAGUGUCACAGUUACUGGCCCAUUUCUCUAAAGGAGCCAUUGGAAUUGAAACACUUUCGCAUCCUUCUGGAGAACUGGCAAAUAACUCAAUAUUUCAUCAUUCGGGUAUUUCAAAUUGUGAAGAAGUCCACAGGAAUGAGUCACUGUGUAAAACACUUGCAGUUCACCAAAUGGCCAGACCAUGGCACUCCUGCCUCAGCAGAUUUUUUCAUAAAAUAUGUCCGUUAUGUGAGGAAGAGCCACAUUACAGGACCCCUGGUUGUUCACUGCAGUGCGGGCGUAGGCCGAACGGGGGUGUUCUUAUGUGUGGAUGUUGUGUUCUGUGCCAUCGAGAAAAACUAUUCAUUCAACAUUAUGAACAUAGUGACACAGAUGCGAAAACAGCGUUAUGGCAUGAUCCAAACAAAGGAGCAGUAUCAAUUUUGUUAUGAAAUUGUGCUUGAAGUUCUUCAGAGUCUUCUGGCUUUGAGUUAAGAGAGACUCUGCGCCUCUCACUUGAGAUUACAAGAAGCUCGUGCUGAAGGGUCCACUGGCCAUGCAAUUUGCCUCGGAUUUUCUCUCUGAAAUCUCCUGGAGGCAACGUCGCUGGGCACAGAAGGGACUCUUUUCACUUGAUCCAUCCUGGACAGAAGCAAAAUACCCUCCCAUGGUUUUCAGUGCAACAACAGUUACGUGAAACAACCUCAGUUUAGCUGUUUGGUUUAAGGGAUUAGAGAGUUCAAUAAAAGACUUAAAUGUAUUCACUAAGAUUUUAUUUGGAAGGGUGGCCAAAGGCCUCAGAAGAUUUCUAAGUCUGUACAAGCCUUACUCUGGGAGAAAUCGGGGCCAAUAAACUGCAGGUUCAUAUCUUGACCUCUCAGGGCAUUUUGCAGACAUAUUUGUCUGUAUUCUUUAAAGAAGCUAUUGUCCAUACUUCCAGUUGGUAAUUGAAUAACUCAGAAUAGAUUGGUUUGUGUGCCUGUGUUUCCAUGGUCCCAGAGUGCACUAGGGAUUUCAAGGAAGAGACACCAUUCUGGAACAGGCAGGCCCUUGUCCUGCUGCCCUGGGAAACACCUAGUGGGUGAAUAGAGUCCUUCGACGCCCACACAUGAACACACUGGUGAACAGCCCCAAAUGAAAAUACUCGUCUAUCUGGAAAGUCAGUGGAAAUAUUUGCCAGGCCCAACUAGACUUCUUUCCUUUCCUGCCUUGAUAGUUACCUACCAUUCUGUCUGCUUUAUCAGAAGCAAGUGUUAUGUGGUACUUGCCUCUUAAUCUUUAGCUAACCAAUAAACUUUAAUAUAAUGAUAUUGCUUUGGUUCCUGUUAUACCGAAUAGUUUUUUUUGAAACUAAGAUCUAAGAGAAGGUUUUUUUUUUCUUUCUAUUUUUUCCUUUAGAGGGCCAUUAAGUCAUUUCUUUCCUCUGCAGAAAGAGUUAGAUGCUGGACAUUGGAACUAGAUUUUGGAAAACUAAAUUCAUAGAUGUGAAAGUGAAAACUUCUUAUUGUUUUUUUAAAAAAACUGUCUAGCCAUUAUUAUACUCAUCAUAUCAAGAUUCUGCCUCAGACAAUUAUAGUGAUUCCUUGUUAAGGGGUUUUGGUGAUCAGUCAUUCAUAAUUAUAAGACACAAAGCAAUUGAUAAGUGUAUUUGUACAGUGAAUUCAGUAGUGAUCAGAGCUAUGAAUCAUAUUGAAAAUUCCUAAAAUUAUAAAUCUUAAACUUCUAAGAGGCAUAUUGCUUUGGUUAAAUGAAUACUUGAAUUUGUUGAAUUAGAAUUGAUAAUUCUCACUUUAAAAAUAAUUACAUGGCAUAAAUUUGACUCAACUCAAGUUGAUGAUUAUAGCUAUUUAUAUUGUUUAUAUACAUAAUAGUUUAUGCUGAACAAUAUUAUCUUGAUUAUUGGAUUUUAAUAUUUGUAUUUUCAUUCUGUUACUAUAAGAGAAUAAGCAUAAUAUAGAACAAUGCUCCCAAGAUGGACUGUAUGUUGUUAUUAAAUGAAAAUCUUUACUA